AUGAGUCUGAAAGAAAAUGGACAUCAGAACGUGACCAAUGGCGAAGAAAUAGACAACAUAGAGCAUAAACAGCAAGAUAUACAAGAUAUACCCAACGAGAAUGACAAAGAAGAAGAACAAGAAGAAGAAGAAGACGUGGAAUCGGAGGAGGCAUCAUCAGAAUCUGAAAGUUCAGAAGAGGAAGAUGAAGAGGAUGAAGACCCACCAAUGUUGAAAUACUCUAGAUUAACUCAACUCCCCAAAACCUUCUUCAACAAAGAACUUGUAUCCAAUUGUCUUAUCCAUGAGAAUGUGUUUGCAUUUGGAACAGCCUCUGGGCUUCUAUACCUCACCACACCAAACCUCAAAACAAUAGGCACGAUAAGGGCAAGAAAAUCUCCAAUAUUAUCAAUCCAUACAGAUGGAUCAUUCAUCGCUGCUGCUUCUAUGGACGGUACGAUUGUCAUUGCAUCAAUUUCACAAAUCAAGAACAAUAACCAAUCAAGCACGGUGGCAUAUGAUAUCAAGACGCCUAUAUAUUCAGUUGUGUUGAAUGGUCAAUACAAAGAUACGAAAUCGUUCAUAUAUGGGAAUAAAGGCGGUCAGGUUAUCUUGUCCCAUACGAAUUGGCUGGGGAAUAGGACAGAAAGGGUCUUGGGCCAGGAUAGUGGACCUAUUGUUGGAUUGACACUAGUGGAGGAAGUGUUGAUAUGGAUGAGUGAUGACGGUGUGACGAUAUUCAAUUUACAUAAUGAAACUGUGUUGAAGACUUUGCAAAGACCUAAGGAAUCACCACCUGCUGAGUUGAUAUGGCCCAAGGUGAAUUAUCAAGAACAUGAUAGAUUGUUGAUUGGUUGGGUUAAUCAUGUUUGGUGUUUAAAGGUUACACCAUCUGAAAAGAAUAAAGGGAAUGAGAAUUUUAGGUUAUCAUCUGCAAUGUCGUCGUUUAAUAGGCCUAGUUCUGAAGCGUCAGUUGUUGUGGAAUUUGAGUAUAGUAUAGAUGGAUUAAUUGCAGGUAUUGGAUCUUUUAAAGAUGAUUCAUUGAUGAUCUUGUCAAUAUCAGAGGAGGAUAAAUUAAAUUCACCACCAGAAUUAAGAAUUAUCAAUUCAAUAACUCAUGAGGAAACUUCCACAGAUACGAUUGUUUUGAAAGGUUACGAAAAUUUAAGAAUCAAUGAUUUCCAUCUUGGUCAAUACAUUGGUGCUCAACGGUCGAAAUUUUUCAUCAUAAGUGCAACUGAUGGUAUUAUUGCUGAAGAGUUUGAUCUUUUAGGGAGAUUUAAUUGGUUUGUUGAACGUGAACGGUUUUUAGAAGCUUGGGAAAUGAGUGAACAUUUGAUUGCCAAGGAGGAAAGAUGUAAUGUUGGUAUUAGACAAGUUCAGGUUUAUUUAGAUGAUGAUAAUUGGGAUCAGGCUUCUAAAUUUUUAAAACAGGUUUUGAAAUUUGAUGGGGAUGAUGAUAACGAUGAAACUUUUAGGUCUUAUGUAUUGGAGAAAUGGGAACAAUGGUCAUGGAUUUUCAUUCAUAGUAAGAAAAUUGAGAAAUUAGCUUCAAUUUUACCAAUUGAAGAUGAAGGAUUACCAAAAGAAUUAUACAAUAAAUGUUUGGAAAGUUUUUUACAAAAUGAUGAUGAUAUCAUAUAUGAUUUUUUAAAUUCAUGGGAUUAUCGAUUAUAUGAUUAUCAACAUAUUGAAACAUUAAUUGAAAAUAAAUUAGAAGUUGAACCAAAUUUAUCAAAUUUAAGAAGAUCUUUAGCAGAGUUAUAUUUGAAAACUAAUGAACCUUCAUUAUCAGUGAACCAUUUCAUUAAAUUAAAAGAUCCAAACACAAUUGAUUUAUUAUCUAAGCACCAUCUAGUUGCUAAAUUUAUUGAUUUUUUACCUGAAAUAAUCCGUUUCCAAAUUGGUGAAAAUGAUUUACAAAAUGCACCAGCCACUAUCUUGGGAGAGAAACUAUCACAUAUUAUUGAGAUUUUGGUUGAGAAUAGACAUGAAGUGUUACCAUCACAAAUUGUUCCAUUAAUGAAUUCAAAUGGUUUAAACAUUAUAACUUUUUUAUAUUUACAAAAUGUUUCCAAAAUUGAUCCAUUUGCAGUGGAAUCAUAUGAAACUGAAAUGGUUGAAUUAUAUUCACAAUUUGAUAGAUCUCAACUCUUAACAUAUUUGAAAAAGAAACAACAUUACAACAUUGAUAAAGUUAUGGAGAUUAUGCAAAGGGAAAAUUUUAAUCAAGAAUUGGUUUAUUUGUUAGGGAAAGUUGGUAGAGCCAAAGAGGCAAUGUAUUUGAUAAUAAACAAGAUGGAUGAUCCAAAACAAGCUAUUGAGUUUGCCACUGAACAAAAGAAUCCAGAAUUAUGGGAGAUUUUCCUUGAAUAUGGUAUAACAAAACCAAAUUUUAUAAAAGUAUUGAUUGAAUAUACUGGGGUUUUAUUUGAUGCACAAAUCCUCAAAAAAAUCCCUGAAAGAGUGGAAAUUGAAGGAUUGAAAGAUUCUUUGAUUAGGAUAACUAUGGAUAAUGAAUUGAUUUUAUCUAUACAAGAAAAUAUUUUGAAGAUAUUGGAGAAUGAAGCUAUUAAAGUUAGUGAUGAAUUGAAUGAAUUGAGAAUAAGGGGCAAAAUGGUUAAUGAAUUGGAGAUUUUCCAAAAGCAUACAGAAGUGGAAUUAUUGCAUAAUGGUGAAUUAAAACCAGUAGAGUAG